AUGUGCUCUUCCCACGAACGUGAACAAGAGCUGGCGGUGAUCUCCAGCGACGAGGUGUUCACCGAACAAGAAGCUGUCCCCUACGACGAGGACGACACCACUGCCCAACACAUCUUCGUGGCCGAUGACGAUGAAGCCGAUGGCGUACUCGACCACGGCGGUGUCCACUACCUGACCGCUCAGGAACGAGUGAUGAAAGAGUAUGAGCUUAAGCUCAAGGCAAUGGAGGCAUUGCACAUUGACGAGGCCCAGGGCCCGGAAGUGGCCAAGGCAGCGAGGUCCAACAGCAUCAAGCGGCGCCAGCUGUUCAUCGACAUGCCCGACUCCAACUUGCCGCUGAGAUUGCGCUACCACGCCGCCAUCGAUGCCGCCCAGACCUCGGAACACAUCAAUGCCUUACCCGAAGAUUAUCCCAGUGACGAGCUUAUCGAAUUGUUCGCCAAUGUGUCGCAGUGUCUUGAACUCCGUCACAAGUACUUGAAGAGUAGUGUACAGUUUGACGAGAUGAAGAACCCUAAAAACCAACCGGGAUGGGAGAUCUACCCGCCGCCGCGGCCCCCUGCUUAUAAGGACCAAAAGGAUCUUGAUACUGAGGCCAAGCGUGAGUGGAGACAAAAGAACCAAUUCGACUUCAGCAAGUGUGAGAUCCCCGAUGACGAUGAACGCUUCGAGUUUGGCAUGAGCGACGAGGGGGUUUACAGAGCUACCUUUGAAGGGAAACAAUUGGAGCAAGUGCCGCUGUUGAACUCUUACUACCGUGAUCUCAACACCAUCAUCUCGCAACUGUCGGAUGGUCCGUCGAAGUCGUUUGCGUUCAAGCGGAUGGAAUACUUGGAGGCCCGCUGGAACUUAUACUACUUGUUAAAUGACUUUGAGGAAGUGAAACAGCUGAAGAAAAACCCUCAUCGUGAUUUCUAUAAUGUGAGAAAAGUCGACACUCACAUCCACCACUCCGCCUGUAUGAACCAGAAGCACUUAUUGCGGUUUAUUAAGCACAAACUCAAGACGUGUCCCGACGAGAAGGUGAUCUACCGUGAUGGCCACGUGCUUACAUUGUCGCAAGUGUUUGACUCACUUAAUCUUACCGCCUACGACCUUUCCAUCGACACUCUCGACAUGCACGCCCACACUGACACUUUCCACAGAUUUGAUAAGUUCAACCUCAAAUAUAACCCGAUUGGCGAGCUGAGACUUCGUGAGAUUUUCCUCAAGACCGACAACUACAUCAACGGCCGGUACCUUGCCGAAUUGACUCGUGAAGUGUUUGCUGACUUGGAAAACUCCAAGUACCAAAUGAGUGAAUUGCGGAUCUCGAUUUACGGUCGGCUGAUUGAAGAAUGGGACAAGUUGGCGGCGUGGGUGGUCGACAACAAAUUGUUUAGCGACAACGUGCGGUGGUUGAUCCAGGUGCCGCGGUUGUACGAUGUCUACAAAAAGAACCAGCAGGUGGAGCUGUUUGGCGAGAUUAUCACCAACAUCUUUUUGCCGCUUUACGAAGUGCUGAAGAACCCCAAGUCGCACCCUAAGCUCCACGUGUUUUUGGAACGAGUGGUCGGGUUCGACUCCGUCGACGACGAACUGAAGCUGGAGACGGUGAUGAAGCGGUUUCCCAUCGCCCCGCUCUGGACCAACCGCCACAACCCGCCGUACUCGUACUACCUCUACUACUUGUACGCCAACCUUGUCAGCUUGAACCAGAUCCGCCUCAAACGCAAGCAAAACACGUUUGUGUUGCGUCCUCACUGUGGUGAAGCGGGUGACCCCGAACACUUGAUCGCGGCGUUCUUGACGCUGCACUCGAUCUCGCACGGGAUUCUUUUGCGUAAGAUCCCUUACAUGCAAUAUGUGUACUACUUGGACCAGAUCGGCUUGGCGAUGCUGCCGUUGCUGAACAACGCGUUGUUUUUGACCUACGACAAGAACCCGUUCUACAACUUCUUCAAAAAGGGGCUCAACGUGUCGUUGCUGACCGACGACCCGUUGCAGUUCUCGUACACUAAGGAACCGCUUAUCGAAGAGUAUCUGGUGGCGGCUCAGAUCUAUAAGUUGAGUGGGGUAGACAUGUGUGAGUUAGCCGCGAACUCGGUGAAACAGAGUGGCUGGGAGGCGCAAAUUAAAGCGCACUGGCUCGGCAAGAACUGGUGGCGGGGCGGCGUCGAGGGGAACGACGUGGAGAAGACCAACGUCCCCGACAUUCGCGUGUGCUACCGCGAGGAAACGCUUAAAAACGAGCUUGAUUUGGUGCGGUACUACGCGCUGUUAAAAAAGUAA